GCCCUGGGUUGUGUCAUCAUCUCUUAAGGUUUUUCACCAAAAGAAAUUUUGGUUGAGUCCACCAUGGGCUUGAACACUGAGAAGAGAGGAGAAAACGUCACUUUGGCUGUGUUCUACACCAUUGUUUUCCUCCUCUCAGUGCCUGCCAAUGCCAUGGCACUGUGGGUGUUCUGCCAUCCAAAGAAUGGAACGUCUGUGGCCAGAGUGUACCUUACUCACCUGGCAAUGGCUGAUAUGUGUUAUGUUCUGCUCCUGCCCAUGCGUGUGGUCUAUCAUGCCUCUGCGGGGGACUGGAUCCUUGGGGAGGUGGCCUGUCGUCUGUCCGGCUUCCUUUUCUACCUUAACCUUUACUGCAGCCUCUACUUCAUGACCUGUAUCAGCUUCGAUCGCUUCUUGGCAGUGGUGUUUCCCAUCAGAUCUCUGUCCUGGCGGAAGACGGCCUAUGCCAAGGUGGUGUGUGCCAUUCUCUGGGUGACGGUGACGGUGUCUAUGGCCCCGGUGCUGUUCUCAAAGCAAACCAUAGCCAGCCAGCUUGACCGGAACAAUGUGACCGUGUGCCAGCAGCUCUAUCUGGAGAGUCCUUCCCCGCGAGCGCUGCUCUCCACCACCGUGGCCUUCACAGUUCCCCUUGUCGUGCUCAGCUUGUCUUACAUCCUCAUUUUAUUCAAGCUCAGGUCCGCAAAACAGCAAACACAAUCACCAGUGCACUUGAAAGCUAAGAGAAUGGUUGUUCUCACUUUGGUCAACUUUCUAGUGGCCUUUCUUCCGUACCACGUACAUCGCUUCAUUUACAUUGUGCGUUACAAUCAGGAGGAUUUAAGUGAUGUGGAAGUUACCUCAUUAACCCUUGGGAACCGAGUGACAUCAGCUUUGACUUGUGUCAAUGGGGUCAUUGAUCCCCUUAUGUACUUUUUCCUGACUGAGACUUACCAGAGGACACUGUUAAAGUUGCUGGGGCGGAGUAAAAGUCCUAGGGCUGAUCAGUACACUAGCCCAGGGGUUGAUUUGUCUUCAGCUUUUUAAUAUGUCUUCAGUCUUUUGGAGGUGGAAUCCAGGUGAAUGCCGAUAUUGUAUUUGUACUCUUCAGUGUGUAUGUGCAUUGUCUUUCCUGGUACAGCAAUGCAGAGUUGAUACAUUAGUAAGAAAGAAAUAGCAUCAUUGAGAAAAAAAGUUCAAUGAAAAGUUCAAUGAAUCAGAGCUUGUUGAAUCGGAAACCUGUGGGAUUAGAUUAGAUUAGAUUCAACUUCAUUGUC